CCAUGCUUCUCCUGCAAGUCGCGAUCACCAUCGCGAUUCUCUUCCAAACCCACCCUGAACCGAUUUGCUCUCGGCAUCGAACCCGCAUCCAGCAUCGAUUCCACGCCCUGAGACACUGCCAACGCUCGAACAAGACCAUCAUUGGGUUGAUCAACGUGAGCACCGUCAAGGAGUGUGCCCAGUACGCCCGGAAGCGCCACGGGAUGGCGUUCAACUUUGGUCCCAAAGGUCGAAAUCUGACGAAUUUGUUUGACCUCGUUGAUGCUCAACGGUCAAGGAACAAUACAAGCAAGAAGCCUCCCAAGGGAACGGAUACGAUCACCGCAGAUCCGGAAGAGUUCUACAACUGUCAAGUUCUGGACUGUCCGGAGUAUCGGAACCUGUCGACGGUGGUGAACGAUACCCGGUUCGACUACUACAGCUUGUACACGCGACCUGCACCUUCAGGUAACGCAACGUGUCUGCCAGCGAUUGGGAUGUUCGUCCUGGACGAUCGCCGACUCAACUACUCCCAAGCGUACAACGAGUGCCUAUCCAUGGACGGAACACUAGCCCACGUGGUCAGCGAUCGUCGUACCGUCGGACUGUCCCGGCUUCAAAGCACCAUCAGCUUCCUCAAGAACGACACCAAAAACGCCACCGAACCCGUCUUCAUCGGCCUCAACGAAACGGUCAAAAACAAGUUCUUCACCUCGUCCCACGAACCGCUGGAAUGCUUCCUGUACCGAGCGUGGUCUCCCGGACAUCCAGCCCGAACCCGCCAACCCGGCUGCGUAGCCCUGUCGCCGAACAACAGCUCCUGGACGGUUCACAACUGCAACCACUCGCUGCGAUUUAUUUGCGAGCUGAAUACCUCCGGACCACCACAGUACGAGGCGCGACUCAAGCGAAAGUGCUCUGUUCGGCGGCCCAACAAUCGAGCUCGACCGAAGAAAGUGGUAGCUGGGGUUACGAUUGAAGGGUCGGGUAAUUGAAGCUCAAUAAAAUUCCACCGAAAAAAAUCAA